CGAGGACUACAUUGCCCACAAGCCCCCACCGAAGUCCUGCUGGAGGAAAUCCGUUUUGCGUGGAUUAUUGUAAUCCGACAGAAGGACGACACAUCGGAUCAGGACGCGGCAGCCGAGCUCAUCGGGGUGGAAAAACGGACGCGACUAAAUGGAUCAGGGCGGGAAAGAAACUUGAUUUAAUGGAUCAGGGCGGGAAAGCUGGUCAAGGCGCCCCCCUGAGCCAGCAGUACUACUCUGCGAGGAGAAAGUAAUAGAUUACAUUUGGCCGUGCCCCCUAUCCCCUCACAGUGCACCUGACCUCCUGUCUCGCUACACUCUGCUCAGUUUGGUUCUCAAAGGGUCCAACUAGUCCGAGGCGCGCGGACGCACAGCUGGCUAGCUAGCUAAGUAGCUAGCUAACUGGUCCAGCUAGCCACAUAGCUAGCCUGGGAUUGAGUUAAUUUUUUGGUGGACCAACAGGAGACAAGAUGUCCACUAAAGACAAAGUGUCCACCACCGAACGGCCCAUCAAAGCCGUUCCCUAUCCUCCGGGGAACCGUCUGACGGUAGCCGACUUGUACGUGGACGGCAGGCCGUGCGUGGAGGUCCUCAAGGCUCACCUGGUGAAGGAGGGGCGUCUGGCGGAAGAGGCGGCGUUACGCGUCAUCAACGAGGGCGCCGCCAUCCUUCGCCAGGAAAAAUGCAUGCUGGAGGUGGAAGCACCUGUCACAGUGUGUGGCGACGUGCACGGCCAGUUCUUUGACCUGAUGAAGCUUUUCGAGGUGGGCGGGGCCCCCAGCAGCACCCGCUACCUGUUCUUGGGCGACUACGUGGACCGAGGAUACUUCAGCAUCGAGGUAAGGUCCUGCUCGCACUUCCUGUCAUGUACCAUGGGGGGCGGAGACAUGGAUGUGAGUGUGUCCCGCCAGUGUGUACUCUUCCUGUGGGCUCUGAAGAUCAACCACCCCGACACGCUCUUCCUGCUGCGAGGGAACCACGAGUGCCGCCACCUCACCGAGUACUUCACCUUUAAGCAGGAGUGUAAAAUCAAGUACUCUGAGGGCGUGUACGACGCCUGCAUGGAGGCCUUCGACUGCCUCCCGCUGGCAGCGCUCCUCAACCAUCAGUUCCUGUGCCUGCAUGGCGGCCUGAGCCCGGAGGUCACAUGUCUGGAUGACAUCCGCAAGCUGGAGCGCUUUAAGGAGCCGCCAGCGUUUGGGCCCAUGUGUGACCUGCUGUGGUCAGACCCGGCUGAGGACUACGGCUCAGAGAAGAACCAGGACCACUUCAGUCACAACAGCGUCCGGGGCUGCUCCUACUUCUACAGCUACGCAGCCGUGUGUGACUUCCUGAUGAACAACAACCUGCUGUCGAUCAUACGAGCACACGAGGCCCAGGACGCAGGGUACCGCAUGUACAGGAAGAGUCAGACCACAGGCUUCCCGUCUCUCAUCACCAUCUUCUCUGCACCAAACUACUUGGACGUGUACAACAACAAAGCGGCCGUGUUGAAGUACGAGAACAACGUGAUGAACAUUCGCCAGUUCAACUGCUCGCCGCAUCCCUACUGGCUGCCCAACUUCAUGGACGUGUUCACGUGGUCGCUGCCCUUCGUGGGCGAGAAAGUGACGGAGAUGCUGGUCAACGUGCUGAACAUCUGCUCCGAUGAUGAGCUCAUGUCUGAGGGAGACGACACGUGUGAAGGGGGAGCGCCCGCCGUCAGAAAGGAAGUCAUCAGAAAUAAGAUCCGUGCCAUCGGGAAGAUGGCAAGAGUGUUCUCUGUGCUCAGGGAGGAGAACGAGAGCGUGCUGCAGCUGAAGGGGUUAACGCCCACGGGCACGUUGCCGCUGGGCGUGCUGGCGGGAGGACGGCGCACGCUGCAGAGCGCCACCGUGGAGGCGGAGGAAGCGCGAGCCGUGGAAGACUUCAAGCCGCCGCACAGGAUCCAAAGCUUUGAGGAGGCACGAGGACUGGACCGCAUCAACGAGAGGAUGCCGCCUCGCCGUGACACAGAGCAGCGGUGGCGGCAGGCGUCGCCCCCCCUUGGCGGUGACAAGAAUGGCACCGACGACGUCUAGCGCCCCCCUGCCUUGACCGAGCGGCCGGCCGGCGAGUCGCAUGUCUUAUCUGCGACGCGUCUCCAGUCACACUUGUUUUUGUAGCACGGCUGAUGGCGGGGGCGGGGCUUAGAAGGCUUUAUCAAUAAAGAGAAAAAAAACCUUAAUGCUUUUAUUUAGUGGCAAUAUCAGAUCUUGGAUCACAUUUAUCUACUGAUGAUAUCACAUGUUGGAUGUUUUAUUUAGUGAUAUCACAGCUUGGACUUGUUCAUGCGACUCAUCAUCUUCUCCAACUUUAGGGCGAGCGUCAUGUCGCCUUUGAUGCGAAGCUUCCCCGACAUGAACGCUAUGGUGGGUUUCAGCUUCCCUGCACACAGGCGCCGUUAGCGCACAGGCGCCAUUAGCGCACGCGGCGUUAGCAUCUGUCAGCUCUCACCUGCAAACAUUUUGCUGAAGUCUCCGGAGUCCAUCGUCAUGACAACAUCGGCUUUGGUGGCCGGCUGGCCCCGCCCUGCGUCGCCUGAACCGCUCUUCAGGUCCAGAAACCACACGCCGCCGUGUUCUCCUGCACGCACGCACGUCAGACUCGUGCCCUUCCUGGUAAAGACUGACCAUCUCACCUGAAAGGUCAAACUGGUAGACGGCCUGCGUGGACUUCACCACGUCCUCGCUCAGGACACCUCUGAUGACCUCAAAUGUGUUUUCUAUGGGCUCCCCUGAAGGGGGCGCCGCUGAGGAUGACGGCGCUUUGAAGGUCAGUGUCGCCCCUGGCAACAAGACAGCCACGGUGCUCAGAGGCAGCGCUAGGACGUGUGAGCCAACACCGGCAGGCUUUUACCGUGCUGCUCCAUCUGCUGGACGAGGACAUCAGGCGCUUCGUCCAGGAAGAAGUCGGGCAGAAGCGGGUGACCUGUGGAGCGAUCAGAGAGCGGCACGGCGGUCAUGUGAUGGAGAGCAAGGCUACGCGUGAGGGAGCGUCACGUCACCUGGCUGCACGGCGUACCGAUCCAAGUCGCAGACACCUCGCUCUCUGAGGACAUCCUCGUCCACCAGGAAGUGACCCGUGAAGUCCUUGGGUCGGGACAGCACGGCGUAGGCCGCAUCCGCCAUGAUGUCCACCUUACGGCACUGUUUGCCCACGCCAUCGCCACCCAGCAUGUCCAUGGCCGCCGUCUGGAUGGCUAUGGUGACAAAACACACGCUCGUCUACGCUAGCUAGCGUGUUAGCAUUUGCUACUAACCAGUUUUGGGCCACAAGGCGUUGACAGCAAUUUGACCUCUGAACUCCUCCGCCAUGCCCAGGACACACAUGGACAUGCCGUAUUUGGCCAUGGUGUACGCUGCGGGGACAGGUGUCAGCGCUCAGGUGCAUUGGUUGCCUUGCUGUUGCCAUGGUUACCUGUGUGGUUUUUGAACCAGACCGGGUUGAGGUUGAGGGGCGGAGACAAGUUGAGGAUGUGAGGAGAAGGAGCCUUCAGCAGGUGAGGAAUCACCAGCUUGGACCUAGGACACACCCACACUUGUUAGGCCACGCCCACGAGGUGUCUCAGCACUCGUGAUGUCAUACGUCAUGUAUGUUCCUCUCAGGUUGAUUCCCAGCAUGAGGUCCACCUUCUUCAUGGGCGUGUCCAAGGUUCCUGUCAGGUUGAUGGCGCUGGCGUUGUUCACCAGGAUGUCGAUGCCUGACAACGCCAUCAUCAUCAUCAUCAUCAUGACCACGUUGAAGGAGUAAACUCACCUCCAAACUUCUCAACUGCUUUCUGAACAGCAGCUUCAACUUGUCGCUCGUCUCGGAUGUCCACCACGCAUGCCAACGCUUUCCCGCCAACCUGCUCCACUGAACGACAAACACUACAUGUUAGCCUCCUAGCACUUGUACAGGGUCAGGCUAAAUGAUGUGACACAUUUGUGGGUUCAAUAAAAGGCAAAUAAAGUAAAGAAACAA